ACAAUGGUGUGUUGAAAGUUUGGCUCGCGCCCACAAAGGCUCUCAAUGUCAUUGGCUUUUGUCAGAGUGCUGUCAAAUUUGAACUGUCAAUUCCUUUUGACAGGCGGAGUCAAAUUAUAUCAAAAGGAGAGCGCGUAAAUGUGUUGUCUUUCAACAAGCUAAUUGACAUCUAGCAUGGCGGCCUAAGUGGUUCUAUGCCGCGCGCUUUCAUCCGUCCACUUUACAAUUCCGUGUGCCAAACUUUAUGCAAAUUUUGACCGCGGAAUAAACUUCAGCGUCGGUUUUUAGAAAAUCCGCAAUACUCCCUCUUGCAUCGCUUCUUACCGUCCCGUUAAGCAGCUGGUACAGUGCAAAGCACCACCCACCGGGCACGUAGAAGAGUUACUUGCAUAAAUUUCACGCACACAGCACCGCACUUUACAUAAACGUACAUACACCCGGACAAGAAGAGGAAACGAAAGCAGCGACUGACUCUUCUUGGCUUGAUGAAGGCACAGAUCUGCAACAUGGUUCAACAGUGCGCGGGAUGUGAACUGCCCAUCUCGGAUAAAUUCCUUUUGAAGGUUCUGGAUCGUGUCUGGCAUGUACAGUGUGUCCAUUGCUACGACUGCAAAUGUGCACUCACAAAUAAAUGCUUUUCCCGUGAAGGAAAGCUGUUUUGUAAGAAUGAUUUUUACAGGCGCUACGGGACAAAAUGCGCUGGAUGUUGUCUAGGGAUCUCGCCGAACGACAUGGUCCGCAGAGCUAAACACUUGGUCUUUCACGUGAAAUGUUUCAAUUGUUCCAGCUGUAACCGGCAAAUUUUGACCGGUGAUGAAUUGUAUUACGUCGGAGAAAGUAAAUUCGUUUGUAAAGAGGACUACUACCAAUCACACUUCCAGUCGAAGCAAUCCGACUCGGAUUCCGAAGAGAAAGAUUUAAGUUACGGUUUAGACGAAGACCUAGAUGUGGCGCUAGGCACCAAACGCCGCGGUCCGCGAACAACUAUCAAAGCUAAGCAGCUAGAGGCACUCAAAGCAACCUUUGCCGCAACUCCGAAACCAUCGCGGAACAUCCGCGAAAAACUUGCGCAAGAGACGGGUUUAAACAUGCGAGUCAUUCAAGUCUGGUUUCAAAAUCGACGAUCGAAAGAGAGAAGGCUCAAGCAGCAAGGAGUCGCGCAACCAAACGCGACGCGCGCUGUACGAUCAGGCCGGCGAUCAAGAAGAUCUAGAGGUGAAAACCUUGGAAACGAACCUGCCCCAAACAACGAACAGUCAAUCACCACAUCACAUAUAAAUUACGCAGCUUCUCAAAGUGCACACUUUCCGGCGACGGCCUUUGAUGAGUUUUACAUGAAGGGUGAUGCUGGGUUAGCGAGUGAAGUUCCCACGACAAUGGAUAAUUCUCAAAUGAUUCAGAAUCCUGGAUUUAACAACCAAGGAAUGAUUCCGGUUAAUUCUGUCAGUCUGGAUAACAGCACGGGAAUACAAAUGAACCAUUGUGGUGUAGGUCAGAGCCAGAAUGGUGGACUUUACGACACUUCUGCCACAAGGCAACAAAACACAAUACCUUCUACAGCCGAGGUUUGGUGAAAGCAUCAGUGAUUCAAAGGAUUCAUUCCCGAAUUGUAAAGCUGCCAAUGUAUUGUAUAGAGAGAAAAAGAAAGAGUUAUUUAAUGCAUAGGAACAAAGCUUGCUUUCUCUUUGAUAGUCUGCUUCGAGUUACCGGGAAUCCGUGUAAUCUGCUGAAAACAAAAAGGAACAAACCACCUCUAGUCUAAGUGGCGUACUAUUUUUAUUCAAUCUGGCAAACCAGACCGAGCAGAACACCCAGUUAUCGUUUCAUCAAUUAAAAAUGCCGCUCGAGAGUUCGCCAAGCCAUUAGGAAAGAUUAAGUAAAUAAAACAGUUUAUUGCCUUGGGGCAUUCAGCAACAACCAUGUUAUCUACUCAACUAGAAACACACACAGGCUGCAAGGAAAAAGGCCAAAUAUACAUGAAAUUUUAUCACGAGUUAUCAGUUGAAAUAUGUUGUAAUAUAAAGCGAUUUGAGAGACGAAAAAAAAUGUAACAUAAGAGAUUGUUCCCUUGAGGAACUUGUGUAUGAAAUUGUGAAUGUUUUACAAAGCUAUUUUAUAAUUUAAGUGUGAGCUAAUUCAACCGACCGACCUCAGAUGCUGAGGUACAUAUAAAGUUAACAUCCCAUGCCAAACACUAAGCAUAAAACAUACCGAGAUAGUUACAGUGUUAGAAAGAGGAAUUUAAUCACUUUUCUGAGACAUAGAUAAUAAUAAUAAUAAAAAUGAAAUUAUUAUGCAACAUACUGUUUGUUCUAAAAACUUGUGAGUUGAAUUCAGACGAAAUAAAGACUGUUA